GCGGCGCCGGGACAGCGAGCCGAUGCGCGGCGCCCGAGUGUAGCCGCCCGGGCUGCUCCCGGGAGCCGCGCGCCGCGCCCACCGCGCGCUGAGGACCAUGCCGCCCCCGGGCCGGGCGCCGCCGCUCGGGCUCCUGCUGGCUCUGACUGCGCUCCGGUGCCCAGUGACGGAGAGUCGUGGCAUUGUGGACAGCCUCCAGAGGUUUUCCUCGCUGCCUGCUUACCUCCCUGCGAGCUUCCACAUCACUGACGCAGACGAGUUCUUCUUCCUAAAAGAAGCCAACCAGGACGUCACGAGGAACUCCAGCCUGCAGGCCCGAGUGGAGUCCUUCUUCAUCUACCGGGCCAGGAGCCCCCCGCUCAUCAAUGCCAGCUACGGCCCGUUUGCAGCCGAGAAGACCAUUCCGCAGGAGUUCAUGCUGACCUCCACAGCCUUUGCAAAUAUGGCCAAGUUUCCCUUCAGCUGGAAGCUGAAAUCGCACAUCCUCGACAGCUCCAUCUACUCCAACAGGCCCAAGGUGCAGACAUUGUUUUACAUCACCGGGAUGGCCUGGGAUGACAGCGACCCUGCGGACAAUCUACCGUGUGUCAAGAUGUUUGCCUUUCCGGAGGCCAGGGAAGUGGCGGCCAGCUGUCGGCUGCAGGGGGACCCGGGGCUGUGCAUGGCUGAGCUGGAGCUGCUGCCCGAGUGGUUCAGCUCCGGGCUGGACCUGGAGCCCGAGGAGGAGAUCCCGGCCCUGCUGGGGGGCACGGCCAUGGAGCUGUUCUUCACGCUCUACCCGGCUGACCAGGCCGGCCAGUGUCCCCUGGAGGAGGAAGGCAAGUGGGAAAACAACAUCCACUCGGGCCAGGAGGGCCCCCAGCAGGCGUCCCCAGCCCGGGAGAGGAUCGGGAGUGUGGUGGUCUACCCGACUCAGGACGACCUGAAGUGGUCCCUGGUGAGCCUGGAUGAGAACCUCGUCAUCUCUGUCCCUCUGAACCUCAUCCGGGAAGGGGACACAGCCACCUUUCUGGUGUCUCUGACCAGUGGCUCUGUGGCAGACCACUUCACGCUCAGAAUUAAGGCCGCAGCAGGAGUGAAAAUAAUGGCCGUGAGAAUCAGCAGCGAAGACCAAUGGGCAGUUCAGGAGGAAAUAGAUCAUGGCGACGACCAGACGACGGCCGCCCUCACCUGUGUGGGCCAUCACCUGGACACGCAGAGCAGGGGUCUGAGGCCCCGCACGCCCCCUCCACCACUGGGCUGUGGCAGCAGCAACCCCGGGGUGAUCUGGAAAGAGUCUCUGGGGCCCCGGGGAGGGGUCUUUCUGGAGGCAGGUGUGGCCUGGGGUGUGAGGCGGGGCUCCGUGGGGGCCCCACACCUCCACCAGCCUGACACGGAGAUUCUGAACACGGCCAUUCUCACUGGAAAGGCUGUUUCGGUUCCUGUCAAGGUCGUGGGUGUCCAGGAGGAUGGUUCUGUGGUGGACGUGUCGGAGUCGGUGGAGUGCAGGUCUGCGGAUGAGGACGUCAUUAAGGUACAGCAUCCCCCAGGGGACCAGCCCUCUGGGGACCCGAAGGGCCUGGCUCUGACCGAGCCGCACCCCAGGCUCCGAGGGGCUGGGGUCAGGGUGACCACCCUGGGGAAUGAGUGA